ACAUAACAACGCUAACAUGAUAAUUUCAACCACAAUGGCUGACAAUAAACUGCUACUUGAAGUGUAAAACAUGCCUGCUUUGCCCUAUCUACAGCGUCCUGAAUCUCAGUCAUCAGAGAAGAAGAAUUAUCGGCUGAGUUUGACUCAAGAUGAACCAAAACUUUGGCGAUGUAAAAGUUUCUCUAACGACGACGAGAAGACGAAACGAGGGGUGAUUGACAACAAUGCAAACAUUCAGGAUGUCAGAAGAAAUAAGUUUUUCCCAGACGAUCAGAAUGAUUCAAGUCCACUGUUAUUUGAUAGACAGCUUACUGGCAGUGCCAGACUGCCCCACACGGCAUGCCCAACACCAUCAUCAGUUUCAAGGCACAGAAUAUUACACAAUAAGAGCCAUAACAGGCGUGGUCUACCAAGAUGGGUGUCUGAACUUGGACGGUGGCUUCCACCAAAACAGAAAUUACAACUUUAUCAGAGCUUUUGGAAACAUCUUGACCUCAUUGACAAAAGCAAAGAAGACAUGUUGGAUCCUUUUCCACAUGUCGAACGUUGUGAACAUGCAAGAACUCUAUCCGUUCUACGACGGCAAAAGACAAGGAUGAGAUUCGAAAAGGAGAUGAGAGAAGACGAGCGGUUUGAAAGAUUGUUGGAGAGGUUCAAAAAGAUAACAGAAGCAUGGGAAGCGUUUCAGCAACAAACUGCAGGGUUAGGAGAUGAACACACGACACGCCUUCUGGCAUUCAGAAAAAAUAAAGAUCAAUAUGUCGACCCUCUCGAGGGAAUCAGGGAAAGACGAGAGGAACGCGAACGAAUGGAGAAAGAACACCAGCGUCUUCUAGAAGAGGCGCGACAACAGAGACUUGACGAGCAACGAGACAGCAUCCCGUCGAUAGUUGUAUCAGAUUAUGACGUAGAUUUAAUGCAACUAACGCAACACACGUCAUCAGAGUCAGAAAAUGAGCCUGAAGGGCAAAUGGAAGUGGAUGGAUAUGAAGAGGCAGCAGAAGACGCCAAAGAGGCAAAUUCGAAUGAACGUUUUGAAAUGGAAGAGAAGAGUAGUUCUCCAAUUCCUUUAGUUCUGGAAAAGAAGGACAAUGAGAAGAAAGAGGAUGAAAGACGGAGUUCAAAAUCAACAAAUCACUUAUCAGCGCCUUCUUUGUCUUCUCUCGAUGCCCAAGAUAAUGUAGCUGUCGAAGAGAGUCCGAUGUCAAUCGAUGAUACUGCCGAUCUAAUGACAGGAAUAGUUCCAGUCCCUCUCGGUCUAUCAACCGGCCUCAUACCAGACUCCUCAAUCAGGUCAUCCUCGUCAUUUGACCGAUAUCACUCUGGGGCCCAAGCCCGCUUGAACAAUACCAAGAAAUCGAGAAAAGGCGGCGGAGCAUGGUGUGCCAAGAAUAAUAGCGACAAGCAGUAUCUUGAAGUGGAUCUUGGGGGUGUGGCAACCUUGAUGCAAGUUGCUACACAGGGUUACCCCAGUGAAGAUGAAAAAGUCGCCAAGAAGGAUCUUAGAUGGGUCCAGUCGUACACAAUGACAUACAGUAAUGACGGCAAGAAAUGGAGUAGUUACCGGGAAGACGGUGCUGUAAAGGUAUUUGAAGGUAACAGUGAUAACAAUACUGUGGUUCUAAACAGCUUGUCAAACCCUGUUGAUGCUCGUUACGUUCGAUUCUGCCCCAAAACAUGGCGUAAUGGGAUCGCUAUGAGAGUAGAAGUGUAUGGAAGCUUUUCAGACGACUGUGUAUCGCCCGGAGAAGCUGUUACCCCCAAUCCUUCCCUACCAGAGAAUAGACCGACUCCAGAACGCGUCCCUUCCCCCGAACCUUCCCCACCUCCAAAAAGUCCCUCGCCUCAAAUCCCCUCUCCAUCUCCAGUGCUGCCGUCACCAGUUACCAAAACCCCCUCGCCAAUAUUUGAAGUGGACGAAGACGUUUCCGAGGUUGAACAACUCAAGUGCAGUCCUGACAGAAUGACCCCCCUGGAGGGGUGGGAAGAGGAAACCAUUGGAUCAAUAGCUGAAUUACCCUCGGAAGAGGAAGUUGAAGAUGCUGAAGUUAGGUUAUGUUCGCCUUUUUUAAAUGUACAAGGAUCAAGGAAAACGCCAAAGGUGAAACACAAAACCAAGAAGCCAAAAGCCGAGAAAAAAGAAAAGAAGAAGAAGAAACCCCCAAAGAAAAAGAAAGUUAAAUUACCAGAAAUAACAAGUUUAAUGGACGCUCUACCGGAAGUGGAAGAAGAACCGGAACCUGAACCAGAAGAACAGGAGGAAGAACCAGAACCGGAAGAACCUUACCGUAUCCCCACACCACCCCUGCCAGAAAUUCAAAAACAACCAAUUGACGUUAGACCACCAUCGAUGAAGAAGAGAUUCCAAAUGUUCUUGCCACAGGCGAUUUCUCCCAGCGAGGAAGAGAAAAAGAAGCUUGCACGAGCGCGCGCAGACAACAGCAUACGAGAAGAAAUGCUGCGCCAACAGCUGGCUGAGGAAAGAAAGAAGAAGCUCUUGAGCUUAACGGGAAAGAACAAAGCAUUAAUCCAUUCUUCUUCUUCGACUGAUAUGAAAACGUUUGGUAUUGACGAUGACUCAUUCAUAUUCAAGUACUGCAUCAUCAAUGAGAGUCAGUUAGGCUACUAUCAAAGAAUCUUUGAAAGUUUUGAUGAGGAUAAAGAUGAAUUUCUUUUCCCUGAAGAGAUUCUGGAAGCUUUAGAAUGUGUCAAUAAAAACUUACUGAAUGAUUCACACUUGAAAUAUAUCUACAGGGCUCUUGAGUUGUGUGACUGUAGCCUUGACAGUGGAGCAGACUUCAAGUUUUUUUCUGUCGUUGCUGCAUUUUCUCAAAAGAUUGCUGCUCUAGAUGAUUAUGCGAAGAUUAUGAUCUCUAAGCUGGAUUUUAGAGAACUAGAUUACAAACUUCAACGUGCAAAGUCCUUGUACAAAUGUUAUGCUGAUGAGAAAACUGGACAAAUGUCAAUGGAACUUCUGACUUUAGAGCUGACUGUAGGGGGCCUGGACCCUAAAACUAAGAGCCACCUCCUCAGGAGCCUGGGUCCAACUACCACGUACCUUGAUUUCUUAGACUUCUUGACAUACAUACCAUUAUUCAUUCAUAUCCAUCAACAUGUGCUCGCACAACCACUUCACAGUCCCGUGACAAUCCCUGUCCAUUAAUGAUUGCAAUGGAAUAAAAUAUGAGAGAGUUAGGUGUUAUAUACUAAAGGGGCAUGGACAGAGGGUCCUUGCAUACCUGUGACCCCCUCAACCGACAGGGUAUGCAAGAAGUAGGACUACAUUCAUGUGUUUUAGGCGAGACUAAGUAAUGAAUAGAUAAGAUUCGGCCAUAGCACUACACCCUCCGCCCCACCCAUAAGGAAAUUUGAAUUCAAUAAAACAUUUGCACAAAUGAAUGCAACAGAAAUAAAACAAAAGUAUUUUGGAAUAAAGAAAUAUUUUCUAAAGAUUUACUACUUGACCACCAAUACCAUAUUUUCUGUAUUUUAGGUCGUGCAGUUUUGUAAAAUAAUAUUGUGGGGGGAGGCCUUGUGGUCAAGGUAUUUUGUAAGCUUUUGUAUUGAGCUAUUUAUCACUGUAAAGUUUUUUUUUUUUUUAAUGCAGUAAUAAAAUAAGUUACCAUUGGUAAAAAAUACAGUCAAGACAUCAAUUUU